AUGAUCGAGGCGGCUGCUCAACAGAUUCUCAAUGAGCUCAAGCGAGAUGCUAAUGGAGCAAGCAGAAGAACCAGCAGAAGAGACAAUGUCAUCUAUUUUGACGGCUGGGACGGGUUGGGGGCAUCUUCUGUCCUCCGAACCGUCGCGGAACGCCUCCACCCAGCGACUAGAGAUUCAGAGGUCCUAGCCAGCGGAUUGCACUUCGAUCAGAUCAUCCACAUCGAUUGCUCCAAGUGGGAGAACAGAAGAGUGCUUCAGAGGGAGAUUGCAAAACACCUGCAGCUUCCCACUGAGGUGAUGGAGAUGUUUGACUGGCAAGAUGAGGAGGACGAUAUCCAUGGUGUGGCCCAGGGCUCCGGGCUUGAGAUACCACAAGUUCUCAGGGCAAUGUUUCGACGCAUAAAGGAGCUGAACCACAGGUUCCUAGUGAUUUUCCACAACGGGAGCAGCGAGGAGAUUGAUCUAUCCAGCUUUGGCUUCCCUCUAUCUGGAUACUUCGACAACAUGGUGUUGUGGACAUUCCAAGGGAGAUUCCGGCUCUACCCUAGGAUGAAAGGGAGAGAUCCACAAGAGCUCUGGUAUGUCCUUGUUCGUCGAGAAGCUGCAGAAGUUGCAGAAAACAACAUCAGAAUCCAUACUGCACAGGUCGCCGAGUGUUUCUUCUUGCACAUGUUGAAGCUAUGCUGCAUGGGUUACAACUUCAAGAUGGACUAUGAUUUGGCCACCCAUGCCUGCAACUACUGGAUGUGUGAAGGCAUCGUGCAGCAGCUGCAGCGGGGAGCUCUUGGAGACACCAGCAUCGUCAACACUGACGAUGAUGAAGAAUCAUGGAGAACUGCUGAUGCUUUGCAACGUGAGAUACAACUGGACAUGGACUACUACAACUAUAACCACCAAUAUUUUCCUUCUCACCUGGUAAGGUAUGGCAAGACCAUGCCAUGCUGGACUUCACCUUAUGGGUUUAUGCUGGUCCCAGUUGGUGCCAUUCCUAAUGCGGACAUGUUGCUCCAAGACUUCAAUAAUCUUACAGUGUUGAAGCUCUCACGCCGCGCCUUCAGCUUCUCAUCACCUCCAUUCCUCUACUACCACAACCUUAAGUUUCUAUGGCUUGACCACUGUGAAGACCAAGAAGUUAGCAGUACAGCCGGUUUCCCUAAUGAAGAGAAGAAGAAAAUCUCCACGGAUAAGAGAGCAUCGAAGGAAGCAGACAUCCAAGGACAAAGCUGUUUUUUCCAGAAGCUGUGGGUAUUGGAUGUGCGCUACACAUGCUCUGAUUGGAUCUUGUCAGCACAGAUGAUGGAUUUCAUAACUCAGCUCAGGGAGCUAAAUGUGAUGGGAGCUCAGGAUUGGGAUAUAGGACAGUUGUAUGGACGGCUGCCUAACAUUCACAAGCUCCGUGUAACAAAGUCUUCCAUCCGCUGCAGUAGUUGCUUGGGAAGCUACUUGUUCUCGGAGAUGGACAAGAUGGAGCUCCUCAACUUAUCAGGAAACAGUAUUAGUCCCCUAGCGACGAGCUUUUCUGCUGGUCCUGCGGGAAGCAUCAACAACAACAUUACUGCUAGCAGCGUCAUGACUGUCAUUAUCGACGACGGGUUUGUUGGUUUAAAAGAGAUAUCCUUGAGGGGGUGUGCCAAUCUGAAGAAUCUAUUCUUGAGAGGAGUGUUACAGGAUCUCUACAGCCUGGAUAUAUCGGGCACAGCAGUACAAACAUUAGACCUCAGUGCAACGACAACUCCGAAGCUUGAUGAGCUCUAUCUACUUGGCUGCGACAAGCUUUGUGCAAUCCUAUGGCCAUCACAAGACAAAAGGAAAGAAUACUUGAAUAAGCUGCACAUUGAUACCAGCACACGGUUAGGGUUGACCACUCCACCUGGUGGGGAUGAACAUAACAAGGAGGGUAGCACUUCACCAUCGUCAUCAUUUUCGGUGCUGCUUGGUGGCAAAGCACCUUAUGAGUUUGAAUGGUAUAUUUCAGUGAGGGAUGUGAGGUUCCUUUUGUCGCUUGCACCCAUGAGAUCCUAUUUUGAUAACUGCACGACACAUGUCGAGAUUUCCUCUCCUACUCAUCGUACCACUGAUGCUGGCGGUAGCAUUGUUAGCAAACAUAAUGAAGGAAAUUACAACAGCAUUCCAGUGUUACAUGAACAUACAAGCACAACCUUCAAGUACCACCUGCUGCAAGCAAGAGAAGGCUGUGGCGAUGAUGCUCCUUUCGAUGGAAGGCUGAAGUGCUACAUCAACAUACAAGACACCAAGAUCUGGACCAAAUCACCGCUGGGUGUCAAAGAAACCAUGACCAGUAUUGCUAUGCCAGAUUUUAUAUGUGAUGGAGUUUUGAGCCUGCAUGUGCACGAUGCCUUGUCCAUGGCCAUCCCUGGGCCUGUAGGGGGAAGAUGGAAUGCCUUGCUUUGGUGCCGAGUUGAGCGGUGCCCCAACCUUGACUCUGUCUUCACCCUCCUGCUCCCCUGCAGAUUGUCAUUUGUAUAUCUGCGGUUCUUGCACUUGGACUCGUGCCCUAGGCUGAUACAUGUACUUCCCCUGCCCAGGACAGUUAUGGGUCGCUGCCUGAAAAACAUUGUGACCCUCGAGAUCGUGUGGUGUAGUGACCUCAAGGAGAUCUUUUCCUUUUAUUAUUCUGGUGCCGAAAGCAGUGACAAGCAACGGGAGUCAACGUACGAGGUGGAAUUGUCGAGCCUGAAGCAUAUCCACUUGAACGAGUUGCCCAGGCUGCGCAGCAUCUGCGGCGGGAAUGCACGGUUGGGUGCGCCCAACCUCGAGACCAUAAAGGUCAGGGGCUGCUGGAGCCUCAGGCGCCUGCCAGCCGUCAGCUACACCUACGACUGGAGAAUGAGGGUGGAGUGCGACGCCCACAACAGGAGCAAGAAGGUGGAGUGCGACUGCGAGAAGGAAUGGUGGGACAGGCUGGAGUGGGAUGGGUUGGAGGCCAGGUUCCUGCACCAUCCUUUACCAGCCGACCCACCCACGGUAUUACAAGAAGAGAAUGCUCAGGGGCUCGGUGCUCGUAUGAGAUGGAUGCAUGCUCGGCCCUCUGCUUGUGUCUUUGCGGCCUGCACAGACAGCAUUGGCAUGGUGGACAUCCAGUGCCCUACGUUUGCUUUGCUUGCUUCUUUGCGUUGGCUUGUCAUCGAGGCUACGAUAUGGACCCCUGCUGCCCUUAUAUUAGCAGUAGAGAUCGAAAUAAAUUAG